UACUUGAUUGUGGAUGCUUUCUGUGCAGGGGAACAAUGUCAGGUGCAGCAGACGGCUGCAUUAAGUUCACUCGCCAUGCUGGUGAUGUGCUGUUCAACUUCAACCGCCUCCGCAGCAGAAACAUCCUGACCGAUGUCACCAUUGUGGUCGGUGGGCAGCAGUUUCGGGCCCAUAAGACAGUUUUGAUGGCGUGCAGUGGCCUCUUCUACUCCAUGUUUGCAGAUGCUUAUAAAAGCAACUUGGGCAUCAUAAGUUUAGAUCCAAAUGUGGACCCCGAUGGCUUCGCCAUAUUAUUGGAGUUUAUGUAUACGUCUUGCCUCACGCUUAAAGAUAACUUUAUUAUAGCCACCCUCAACACAGCCACAUACUUACAGAUGGAGCAUGUGAUGGACACAUGCCAGAGGUUCAUAGACUCCAGGGGCUUGUGUGUAAAGCAGAGCCGAGCAGAGAUGCUGGUUAAUCACAGCUGUUUAUCUUCAGAAGCUCCCUUCCUCCUCAGCGAUGCCCUGAACACCCAAUCCAUGAACUUCAGCACUUACGCUCCUCCCAGCCUGCACUAUGCAGUCAGCACUUCCACCGAAAGCCCUUCUCGCUUCUACAGACAUCUACCUCUCCCCAUGGACACCUCCAACACCACAAACCCGCUCUGGCAGAUCCCAAAGACGGGCGUAAUAGCCCGCCAGCAGCACUCCCCUCCAGACAGCAGAGCCUCGGCUCGGACCGAGACUAACGGAGGAGCCACGGAGGCCAGAGAGGAGAGGAACCGUCCAUCUGUGCUCAUCCGUUCAGCUCCAGCCGAGGGAGACAGGAAGACUCCUCUUCUGAACGCAGAGGUGGAGAACACUGAGCCGUGUCACAGCAGCGGUCCCAAGAGCCCUCUCAGAUCCGACUGCCAUCCCAACUCACCCGCAGAGUCCAGCAGCUGCAGUCGAGGAGCGCCGUCUCCUCCCGGCUCCAUCAGUCACCCGAAGGUGCGCAACUGGAAGAAGUACAAGUUCAUUGUGCUGAACUCCACAGACGGGGCGGAUGACAAGAGCUCACCGACUCCAUCCCACACGGCUGCAGAAUCCACCAAGAGCAGUGAAGCUCGGGGAAAGCUCAUUAUGGAUAGCAGCUCUGCAGAUGAGUGCAUCAAAAAAGAAGAGCACGACUCUUCACUUCCCAACACUUUGACAGAGGACAGCAGCACACGACCCACACCAUCAGAGCGGGACAGAAUCUACUGUAACGACUGUGAGUCCAGGAGCGAAUCUGAUGCAGAAAGGCCACGGUGGCUGCAGGACGGGAAACCGUACAGAUGUGACCGCUGCCAGGCCAUGUUCUGCUAUAACGCAAACCUAGCGAGCCACAAGUCCGUCCACACAGGAGAGAAACCGUACCGCUGCAGCGUUUGUGGAGCGCAGUUCAACAGACCUGCCAAUCUGAAGACUCACUCACGGAUCCACUCGGGAGAAAAACCAUACAAAUGUGAAACCUGUGGCUCACGCUUCGUCCAGGUGGCUCAUCUGAGGGCUCACGUACUGAUCCACACCGGAGAGAAACCGUACCCGUGUGACAUCUGCGGCACGCACUUCCGCCACCUUCAGACGCUGAAGAGUCACUUACGAAUACACACAGGAGAGAAACCUUAUCAUUGUGAGAACUGUGACCUGCACUUCCGCCACAAGAGUCAGCUGCGUCUGCAUCUGCGACAAAAGCACGGAGCCGUCACCAACACCAAGGUCCAGUCCUGCAGAAGCUCCUCCCUCGUGACCUCUUGAAAACACAUCAAGCUCUUCAGAGACGUUUAACAGUUCCUUUAGCCAGAAAAGCCAUCAGAAGAUACAUGGAUCUCUGUCUUGCCAAUGUCUGUGUUUACUCAUAUGGUGACGCUGCAUAUUAUUUGUUAAAUAUGGAUUAGUUCACCAGCACUUUCAGGUUCAGCCUGCAUGAUUUCAUCAUGAUGGUUUAAGAUUUUACUGUAUAUACUGUCUUCCAGGCAUCGUACGUCAAGCUCUUAGUUAUAGUCUAAGAUAGUGGGAGAUGUCUAGUAUUUAUUUUUUAUUAAGAAUGCUAUUUCACUCCCUUUUAAGUAAAACUAUGCAUUGUAUAUAAUAUAUGACAGGGAAUAUAGGUACAAAGAUAAUUAUGCAAAUUGAAGUGUGUAUGUUUUGUCAGUGUGGUACAUUUAAAGAAGCUCUGCUUUGUCUGACAGUCAUAUUGGAUUUAGAUGUAUUUGUACAGCUGUUUUUUGGUACUAGAGGACCCGAGGUCCUUGCAAUUAAAUAUUUCAUACAAACAAAUGCAAA